UAGUUCCCAGCCCUGGCUCUAACAUCAACAUAACGAACAUAACCAAAAAAAUAAAUUUUCUACUCUUAUUUCUGUGGUGAAAAAAUAUAAAUAUAUAAAUAAAAGAAGUGAUAAAUAUUCUUAAUAAUAAAAUAACGAAGAAUAUAAUUAAUCUGGGACAAUGUCCAUCGAAAUCGAGUCAGCUGACGUGAUUCGAUUGAUACAGCAAUAUUUGAAGGAAUCUAAUCUUGUUAGAACUUUACAAACUCUUCAGGAAGAAACUGGGGUGUCAUUAAAUACUGUUGACAGUGUAGACGGUUUUGUUGCGGAUAUAAACAAUGGACAUUGGGAUACUGUGCUUAAAGCUAUUCAAUCGCUUAAAUUACCGGAUAAAAAGCUUAUUGAUUUAUAUGAACAGGUGGUCUUGGAAUUAAUUGAAUUGCGAGAAUUGGGAGCAGCUCGAUCUCUGCUCCGACAAACUGAUCCAAUGGUUAUGAUGAAGCAACAAGAGGCUGAGAGAUACAUUCAUUUAGAAAAUCUAUUGGCACGUUCCUAUUUCGAUCCACGUGAAGCUUAUCCCGAUGGCAGUACAAAAGAGAAACGUCGAGCCUACAUAGCAACUGCCUUAGCCGGUGAAGUGUCAGUUGUCCCAUCGAGCAGAUUAUUGGCCCUAUUGGGACAGGCACUAAAAUGGCAACAGCAUCAGGGACUCUUGCCUCCAGGAACGACGAUCGAUUUGUUUCGAGGAAAGGCUGCCGUUCGUGAUCAAGAGGAUGAAAAAUAUCCAACACAAUUAUCGAAACAAAUUAAAUUCGGACAGAAAUCACAUGUUGAAUGUUCUCGUUUCUCGCCUGAUGGACAAUUUCUUGUCACUGGUUCGGUCGAUGGUUUCAUUGAGGUCUGGAAUUUCACCACGGGAAAAAUUCGUAAAGAUCUUAAAUAUCAGGCACAGGAUAAUUUUAUGAUGAUGGAACAAGCCGUACUGUCAAUGUCAUUCAGUCGUGAUAGUGAAAUGCUUGCGACAGGUUCACAGGAUGGAAAAAUCAAAGUCUGGAGAGUGCAAAAUGGACAGUGUUUGAGACGAUUUGAAAAAGCACAUUCCAAGGGUGUCACUUGUCUUCAAUUUAGUCGCGAUAACAGUCAAAUAUUGUCCGCAUCGUUUGACACCACAAUUAGAAUACACGGAUUAAAAUCUGGCAAAACUCUUAAGGAAUUUAGAGGACAUUCGUCUUUUGUUAACGAAGUGGUCUUUUCUCCUGAUGGACACAAUGUUAUUAGUGCCUCAUCGGACGGAACCGUGAAGGUUUGGAGUUUAAAAACAACUGAAUGCACAGGAACGUAUAAAUCUCUUGGUGCCGCGGAUUUAACAGUUAAUAGUAUUCAACCACUGCCAAGGAAUCCAGAACAUUUUGUCGUUUGCAAUCGUUCGAAUACAGUUGUCAUCAUGAAUAUGCAAGGACAAAUAGUCAGAUCCUUUUCUUCUGGUAAACGUGAGGGCGGUGAUUUUGUUUGUACUGUCGUGAGUCCUCGAGGUGAAUUCAUUUACUGCGUGGGAGAGGAUCUUGUACUCUAUUGUUUCUCGACAACAUCGGGAAAAUUGGAAAGAACCCUAAAUAUUCACGAAAAAGAUGUAAUUGGCCUAGCUCAUCACCCGCAUCAAAAUUUACUUUGUUCGUAUAGCGAAGACGGUUUAUUGAAACUUUGGAAACCGUAAGGUAUUGACGGAGAGUAAAGACAAAAAGGAAUUUUUUACGUUAUAGAUUUUAAUAGAGUUUGAAGCGUAUUUAGAUUUUUCAAAUGAAAUAUUUCUCAUGAUUUUUUGUUUUUUGAAGUAAAAGAAAGACUCGAAGUAAAAAAUGAAUAAAGUACAUAAGAAAUAUGUAAAUUUUACCAA